AACUCGUGUAUAAAAUACUGAGAAUUAUUGUUUAAAUUUUUAUUGUAACUGCAGACAAUCGGACAGAAACAUGCUUAAAUCAGAAAGUUAUCCGAACAAAGUGAGUCCACAUUGUUCAGCUUAUACUGUGGGUUUAAAUACAAAUAAAAACAGUUCAAUGAAACUUGAAAUGGAUGUAUAUGGAAGACAGAACAGUGUAAACGAAAUAAAAGAAAAUGACUUGUCAACACAACCGGGAAAAUUAAAAGUGCCAGAUUAUUCGAGACAACCCAGUGAAUGUCGACUUAUCAAUGACACCGUCAAAGUUGUAAUGAAUGGGGACGAUUUUAAGUCGACAUCAACGAUCAGUUCCACAGAAAGCGAUUUAAAGAAUGAGAAAAGACGAGAUAAAGGAAACACUUGUUGUUACUUAUUGCAAGCAUUCACUUUCUUAGUGACGAUUCUGACACUUGGACUUGUUUUAUAUCUGUUUUAUAAGACGAACCAAAGUCAAGUUCACCAUGUUCCUACAGUCAUAAUGGAAUCUAAACAAGUAUAUGAAGAAGAAACGGACGAUGUUUCCGGUAGCUUUAAACUAGAUCAACUUUUUCUUUCCGAAAAAAAGUCCGUCAGAUGGAUGGCAGAUGCAAACAGCAAAAUUGUUCCGAGUGAAAAUGAACCGUGUCUAUUGAUACCGGAGGACGGGAAAUAUCUAGUAUUUUCCCGAUUUACGUUCCGAAUUCCACCAGGCGAGAAUGAAACAAUUUUAACGCACCAGCUCGCUAUUAAAUCUGUGAAUGAAGCGGGAGAAAAAGUAAAAAAAGUUUUGAAAAGACAAUAUGUCAGCAUUGUUGAACAUCAGAUAAAAAAUGACUCAGAAAUGAGAAAACCUAGUGUUUUUAUUCAGUCUUUUGAAUUAUCAGCUGGCAAUGAAGUGUGCACCUGGGUCUCGAGCCCAGAACUUUUGUAUAUAUCUCCUAUUGAUAAUGAUGUAACAAUUAUUAAAGUUUAAAUGUGCCAAAAAUUCUUACCAGCUCAAAUGUAUAUUUAAAGCUUUUUCGAUUUAAUUGCUAAACAAAAAUUUAGCGACUUUGUUGAUUAGAAAUUCGGAUCAAAAAUGUUUAUUUAUUACAAUAAUGGCAGAAUCUCUGACUACCUCAUUAUAUAGUAUAUGUGUUCAUGUAACAGAGCAGUAUGUGUUCAUGUAACAGAGCAGUAUUUGUUCAUGCAACAGAGCAUCACACAACUUCAUUAACUUAUCUUUGUCAUAUUUUUGUGUUCAGCUAAAAAGAUAUCUGUGAUAUUAUGUUAAUUUUGUAUCUUUUUAUGAGCUAUCCAGCUUUAUUUAUUAUUAAAUGUG